UCGCGUUACUUGCGCGGGGGCGGUUGGAGAAGAGAGCGCGCGGGAUCAAUUGUUCGGAUCGGUUUUGAAUAAUUUAAAUUAAACCGUCAGCAGCGGCGGCCGCAACCCGUGUUCCGUAUGGUGAGAAUGGCGGAUAAAGAGGUUUAUGACGACGCAGUGGAAGAGCGUGUGAUCAAUGAGGAAUAUAAAAUAUGGAAGAAGAAUACUCCAUUUCUGUAUGAUCUAGUUAUGACACAUGCGUUAGAAUGGCCAAGUCUUACUGUACAGUGGCUUCCUGAUGUUACCAGGCCUGAAGGAAAAGACUAUAGUGUGCAUCGUUUGGUGCUCGGGACACAUACAUCUGAUGAACAGAAUCAUUUGGUCAUUGCGAGUGUUCAGAUCCCCAAUGAUGAUGCUCAGUUUGAUGCUUCUCACUAUGAUAGUGAGAAGGGAGAAUUUGGAGGAUUUGGAUCUGUGAGUGGAAAAAUAGAAAUUGAAAUUAAAAUCAAUCAUGAAGGUGAAGUGAAUCGAGCACGUUACAUGCCACAGAAUCCGUGCAUUAUUGCUACGAAAACUCCCACCUCUGAUGUGCUUGUCUUCGACUAUACCAAGCAUCCAUCUAAGCCAGAUCCCAGUGGUGAAUGUAAUCCUGAUCUUCGACUGCGCGGCCACCAAAAAGAAGGAUAUGGUCUCUCCUGGAACCCAAACCUAAGUGGACAUCUACUCAGUGCUUCAGAUGAUCAUACUAUCUGUCUUUGGGACAUAAGUGCAGGUCCAAAAGAAGGGAAGAUAGUAGAUGCUAAAACCAUCUUUACAGGCCAUACUGCGGUUGUAGAAGAUGUCUCCUGGCACUUACUGCAUGAAUCUUUGUUUGGAUCUGUAGCUGAUGACCAGAAGCUCAUGAUUUGGGACACAAGGUCAAAUAAUACUUCAAAACCGAGCCAUUCUGUAGAUGCACACACAGCUGAAGUCAACUGUCUGUCCUUCAACCCGUACAGUGAAUUUAUCCUAGCAACUGGCUCUGCUGAUAAGACGGUGGCAUUAUGGGACCUUCGAAAUCUAAAAUUAAAGCUCCACUCCUUUGAGUCUCACAAAGAUGAGAUCUUUCAGGUGCAGUGGUCGCCACACAAUGAAACUAUCCUUGCUUCUAGUGGUACUGAUCGUCGCCUCAAUGUCUGGGAUUUAAGUAAAAUUGGUGAGGAGCAAUCCGCUGAAGAUGCAGAGGAUGGACCGCCAGAACUACUGUUUAUUCAUGGAGGACACACUGCAAAAAUUUCUGAUUUCUCCUGGAAUCCAAAUGAACCAUGGGUAAUCUGUUCUGUAUCAGAAGACAAUAUUAUGCAAGUUUGGCAGAUGGCUGAGAAUAUUUACAAUGAUGAAGAACCUGAUACACCUGCAUCUGAACUCGAGAGCCAAGGAUCAUAAACGCCAUUUAACACCACCUCUUUAAAAAGAGUCUAAAAUUUAUUUAGGCAGAUAAUCGUAACAAGUUUCCAAGCAAUCUUUUUCCACUGAAGUGCUGAGGCUUGUGUAUAAGAAGCACUUUAUGCAAAUUCUGACGUGCAACUCCUUGGUUUUCAGUGAGCGUCGUACAGAAAUUUGGUAGUGUUUUGAGAAUGCAAAGCCUGAUUUAUAUAGUAGUGUGUAAUUGUAUUCCUUUAGUAUGUAUAAAAGUUUAUUGAUAGCUGCUUAAGCACAAAUGUGUAUACUUGUGUGUUGCGGUAUUACAUAAUAUACGGUCUGACUCUGAAAUGUGAUUGGCAGCAGGGGCACUAAUUCAAUGUGCAUAUAAUUUGGUUCCAGUGGAAGAGAGUUAAAAUUGCUAAAAUCUCUGCAAAGCAAUAUUUCAACUCUCAAGCUGAAGAUUUUUUUUUAAAUUCAAAGUACGUAUUUCAACACAUGAAAUUCUUUGGUUUAUUUCUGCCUAACUCCCUCCAAACCACCAACACAAAACUACACUGUAGUGGUUCUAAGUAGCAUUGAUUUUUUCCAGCUUAUUCUGAAAGCGUAUAACAACCAUGCCCACAAUUUUGGACUAAUUAGAAAUUAUUGCAUAUUGAAAGAUUUUAUCUACAUUUAUAAUCCAGCAUUAAGUGGUGAAAUGCUGCUGCAGUCUUCAGUAGUUGUGUAAGAGUUUUCUUACACUCUUUAAAGCUCUAACAUAUGUGCACUUAAGAAUUCAUGUAGACAUUUGCUUCUGUGUUUUCCUCAUUUUAACAACUGCAUUUGUGCACAUUGUAGAGCAGAGAUAUAAAAACAAUAAACUUUUGUAAUUUUUACAAUUUAGCUAUGUUUUUUAACAUCUAAACAUAAGAUAGAAAUUGAUCAACAUACAUAAAAUUAAUUUAGUUUGAUUUUGUAAAUCUGCUGUGAAUGAAACUUUAAGUCAUAUAUACAAGUAUAAAUUAACAAAUGCUGCACUGGUGUUUUUUCAGUUUCUCCCCCCUCUCUCUUCUGUUGUAAGAUGCUAGCCGAGUGGAUACCUAUUCACAAAUAUUGAAAGCAUAAGAAGUACAAUAUCCAUCCCCUCAAACCUGCUCAGCCAUUUCAUAUGAUCAUGGCUGAUCUUCUGCCUUUCCACAUCUUUGAAUCUCAAUCUAAAAAUGUUAUCUGCAGUUAUGAUGGAGCCAUCCAUAAUCUUCUGGGAUAGAGAAAUGCAAAGAUUCACAAUUUGAAUGACUUUUUUUAUCUGAAUCCAAAAAAAUUUGUUCUCAUCCCAAGACUACAUCUCUGUCCUAGGUUCCUAAGACAGGAGAAACUAAUCUUUCCUUUUCAAGUCCCUUCAGUAUCUGGUAUGUUUCAAUGAAGUCACCUUUUGUUUUUUCUGAACUCAACAUUGUUAUGAAUGAAGUUUUUGACUGCUCAACAAGUUACUUGAUUUCACGACACAUUGGAGGUGGAGCAGAAAGGUAAGAGAACAAUUUAAAUUACGUAUACCCUCCACUUUGAAGGAUUUUUACUCUGGGAUCUGUCCAUAUUUACAUAGAAACAUCAAUCACUUGUGUUGAUGCUAAAAUGACAAUUUCUUAUAAAUUUAACGCAGAAAGAAUGUCUAUUGCAGUUGCUUCUGCAAUAUUUGUUCAUCAAUAUUUUGUUUGUGACAUACUUCUGUCAAUGAAGAGAAAUAUGAUCAAUGGGCUGAAACCAUGAUGGAUACUGUAGGAUGUCAAUUUUUUCAAAAUCAAUAAAUAAUGGAAAGAAUCUUGUAUUAUGAAAAACAGAUCAACAUUCUAGUAACACAAAUGAAAUGUGCUAUUGGAAUGGCUGAUGUUCUGUCGUUGGUAUCUUGCACAAUUAUAAAGUUAAACCAGGUUAUAUAACACCAGGUUACAAUCCAACAGGACUGUUUGGAAGCUUUGAGUGCUGUUCCUUCAUCAGGUGGUUGUGGAGUAUGAGAUCGUAGGACACAGAAUUUAUAGCAAAAGCUUGGUGUGAUGCAACUGAAAUUACAUGUUGAAAAAGACCUGGAUUGUUUAAGUCCCUCAUCUUUUAGAAUGACCAUGUUGGUUUCAGUUCUUUCAUAUGUAAAUCUCAGAACUGUUUUUAGAAGUUACGUUCUCAAGUAAGCUCAAAUAAUGCAUUGGAGGUGAGAUCCUGUGUGAGGCUGUCUGUGCCUCAAUGUUCAGAUUGAUUCUAUCCCUAAAAAAGGGAUUUACAGAAUCUUACAUGAAUUCAUGCAGUUUUUGAGCAAAAUAAAAUGUAAUUCUCAAAUUACAAGUUCACGUCACAAAUGUGCUUGGGUUGGGGGAGGGAAUGAGUGUGGGAGUGUGUGAGAGAACAUAUGAAAAAGUUUAUAUAUGAAAGAUAGUUCUGAGUGAGUGAAUGGGGCUGUAGGAUUGUGAUUGUGUUUUUAUUCUGUAGUGUGACAUGAACUAAAGGUCAUUCCCAUGGGUACUGAACUUGGCUCUCCGCCUCUGUUUGGCCGCUUUGCGUUGUUGCCUGUCCCGAAGUCCAUUUUGGAGGAUGGUCACCCAAAGGUCCGAGGUCGAAUGUCCCUCCAAAUCAUGCAUAAUUAUAUACUUCCUCAAUGGAAUUACAAUAAUAAGUUGUAUUUUCUGUUCCAUGGUCCUGUUGACAUCAAGACAGACUGGCACCUGAAUGACACAUGCAGGGAUUUUUUUUCCAUGUCGAGAUAGGUAUUUAACAUGGAAACAGCUCUUUUUGACCCAAUGUGUCCAUGCCAAUCAGGUAUCCUAAACUGAAUUAGUCCUAUUUACUUGUGUUUAGCCCUUAUCCCUCCCAAAUUUCCUCCUAUGUGUACCUGUCCAACUGUUUUUUAAGUGUUGUCAUCAUAUA